AAGGAGAAGCAGUGAAAUUCAGUUAUCGACAGAGCAGAGGCACAACACUACUGGAAGGACCCAGAAGGAUCUGCCAGCCAUGCCUCCAGUGCAGAGGGAUAACCAAUUGGCUGAUAAAGUAACAAAUGAAAAGUAAUCCGACUCCACUGACCUGCGCACCCCAGCGGGAAGGAUGGCACGGAGUGGCCCUUAGCUCUGCCACGCUGGGACGGGUAUGGAGUAGCCCUCCUCUCCUCGCUGCCACCGUCAUUUCUCGGCAACCUGUUUCCAGACCCGGUGAGAACAGCAAGUUCUUCCUGUCGGAUAACAGAAUUGGAGGCACAGGAACAGCUUGAGAAAUGGCGUGUAACAUACCCGACCAAAGACAGCGGACUAUGUCAACAACAGGAAACACUCUGUAUGAAGUUCUUGGUCUGCAGAAGGGAGCUUCAUGUGAAGAAAUUAAGAAAAGCUACAGAAAAUUAGCCCUGCGAUACCAUCCAGACAAGAACCCAGAUGACGCGUCUGCUGCUGAGAAGUUUAAAGAAAUCAACAAUGCCCAUGCAGUCCUCACCGACCCAUCCAAAAGAAACAUAUAUGACAAGUAUGGAUCGCUGGGGCUCUAUGUGGCUGAGCAAUUUGGAGACGAAAACGUUAACACAUACUUCAUGCUGUCAAGUUGGUGGGCAAAGACCUUGUUCAUCGUCAUCGGCCUCCUGACAGGCUGCUAUUUUUGCUGCUGCCUUUGCUGCUGCUGCAACUGUUGUUGCGGACACUGUCGGCCAAAGUCAUCGGCACCAGAAGAGGACUUCUACGUGUCACCAGAGGACCUUGAGGAACAAAUCAGGACUGACAUGAAAGAAGAUAUGGACUUUCCGGUUGUUCUCCAGCCUACAAAUGCAAACGAGAAGACACAGCUAAUCAGAGAAGGAUCUCGAAGUUACUGCACAGAUUCUUGAUGUUGGGCCCACAGAGGGUUUGCAGCUCCUCCUCUUGGUCCAGCCCUGUCACUGGGGGGUUGUGGGGGAGUGGGAACAUAAAAUGCUGUGAACGUACGUGUUCACAUUUGUAUUUUAUUUUUAGGUUAAGGGGAAGAUGUUUGCUACAUAAUUUUCUCAGACUUUCUCUUUGUGUAGAAUUCCUAAUGAAAAGCAUUUAGUUUGACGAAUAAAGGCCUGAAGAGUU